CACUUCGGAAAAUUGAAAAAAAAAAAACAACGAAGUAAUUUUUCAAGCUCAACCCAGGACCAGGAGCAGCUGUGCCGGUUUAUCUAUUUUUUCUAAACAUAUUCAUAUUGUUCCUUAAUUAAAAACAAAAUAAAACAAAUAUGUUUCGAACAUUGACCAGGAACAUCUCCAAAGUGCUUGAUAUCCCCCAAGUUUCGCGUCGCAGUAUAUUUUCCACAGGAGCUCUAUGCAAAGAAACAAAAAGCGAGGAUUCCGGGCCACAAACCAUUCUUGUGGAGAAAGAUGCUAACAUCACCUUGAUCGGCAUCAAUCGUCCCAAUCAGAGAAAUGCCAUAAAUGCUUCAACCGCAGCGAAGUUAUGCGAAGCUUUCAUGGAAUUCGAAGCCGAUGAUACAUCACCAGUGGCAGUGCUCUACGGGAUAGGGGGCUCAUUCUGCUCAGGGUAUGAUAUCCUAGAGCUGGGAGCAGACGGCAAAAACAUAAGCACAGACAUCCUCAUGGCAGCAGAAGGAUCUGUGGGACCUACACGAAGACACAUCAAGAAACCAGUAGUUUGCGGAGUAAAUGGAUAUUGCGUGGCAAAUGGACUGGAGUUAGCCUUGAUGUGCGACUUGCGAGUCAUGGAGGAAUCCGCUAUCAUGGGCUUCUUCAAUCGCAGGUUCGGAGUUCCCGUCAUCGAUGGAGGAACUGCCCGACUUCCAGCCAUGAUUGGCUUUUCACGUGCACUCGAUCUCAUCCUCACUGGUCGCCAACUGAGCGCCAAAGAAGCCUUUGAUAUGGGAAUCGCCAAUAGAAUCGUCGCCACUGGUACAGCUCUCGGCCAGGCCGUCAAUUUGGCCUUUUCAAUUGCAAAGUUCCCACAGGCUGCCUUGAACCACGACCGGAAUUCACUGUACGCGGCUACAUUCGAAACACACAAUUUCAAUCAAGCAAUUCAGAAUGAAGUCAUGUACACGUCCAAGGCUGUGAUUGACCAGAUGCACGAAGGAAUAAGGAAAUUCAAUGAAGGACACGUUCGUGCCGCCUCAACUGAAAAUGUCAAAGAGAAGUCUAUGGCCGAUUGGGAAAGAAGUGAAGUCGAUAUCGAAAAAGAAAUACAAAAGGAACGAGAGGAAAUAAAGAAUGGAAACGGAAAGGACAAGAAAGAUUCUUAGAUUUGUUAUUAACGCCAGUACGGCCUUGCAUUUGUUGACUCUUGAUAAGCCAAAGGCUCCGAAGUCGAAUUGAAAUAAAUUAUUUAAGCCAAAGAAAAGUUGAAAGUAA